GCUCCCGCAGAGAGAGAGAGAGCGAGUAGAAGAUGGUGCAACGGCUCACUUAUCGCAAACGGCACAGCUAUGCCACCAAGUCCAACCAGCACCGGGUCGUUAAAACCCCCGGUGGAAAGCUAGUGUAUCAAACCACAAAGAAAAGAGCAAGUGGACCAAAGUGUCCUGUGACUGGGAAGAGAAUCCAAGGGAUUCCUCACUUGAGACCCGCCGAAUACAAGCGGUCUAGAUUAUCUAGGAACCGGAGGACUGUGAACCGUGCUUACGGUGGAGUGUUGUCUGGGGGUGCUGUAAGAGAAAGGAUCAUUAGAGCCUUUUUAGUCGAGGAACAAAAAAUUGUGAAGAAGGUUUUGAAGAUUCAGAAGGCCAAGGAGAAGCAAGCUGCUAAGAGCUGAGGUGAGAAUUGUGCAUUAAGUUUAAACCUCCUUUGCUAGUAAUUUUGGAUACGGCUGGCGACAAGAAAUCAUUGAAAUGUAAUGUGUGAGGAUUUGAAUAUUAGAUUUGUAAUUUCUUGGGCUUUUUAAACUGUGACUCUUAGUACUUCAUUCACUUUGUCGACAAUUUUAAACAUGCGAGGAUUUUGUUUCUGUAUUAUCUGAUGGUAUCAUAAACUUCAUUUUGGAUUGCUUCCAUGUAAUCCUUUUCUUUUACUGAAUUUUAAUCUGAACCUCUUUAUUAAUUUGCUACUUUCAUCUGCACAUUUUAAUAUUCUCAUUUGCACACACCCUUAUAUUUGAAGAUUUAUAGAUGAUGGACCCCAUUGA